UCUGUCAUCAAAUCCUGAUGCGUACAAACAAUUCAAAGUAACUAGGAUGUAGAACUUAUAAUAGAGUGAUCCUGUUUUAAUUUUCUACUUUACGUACCUAUUUUUCCAAUCCAUAAAAAUGAAUCGCUGAAAUUGUAUCCAGGGAUACAGAUACAGUAUAAUCUCAGUGCCAUUUGAAUACAUCGUCAAUAUAUGUAUCGCACUGAGCGGUAACAUUUUAUUUGCUGUGUUAUUCCAAUGUGCUGAUACAAAUUCAUUAUAAUGUGGUUAAAAAAAUACAGUGUCGUGUUGUUUUUAAUCUACUGCAGCCAUGGAGUACAGAGUGCGUCGAUACUCGCUUUAUUCUCAACGCUAUCAUUUUCUGAUCAUCUUGUAUACAGAGGCUAUAUUUCUUUACUGACUCAAAAGGGGCAUUCUGUAGCUGUGAUGACACCAUAUCCAGGUAACUUCCAAUAUCCAGACACAGAAAAAAUAAUUGAAUUGGACGUAGGGCAAGAGUCUGCACCUUAUUGGGACGAAUACAAAAGAUUGGUGAGCAACGUAGAUGAUUAUUUCCCAAGAUUGAGGGCACUCAAUGAACUGUCCCUGAAAAUAGCAAUAGCCCAAUUGAAGUCUAAGCAGAUGACAGCAUUGUUCAUAAAUCCAAAUAUAAAAUUUGACUUAAUUAUUACUGAAGCCGAUGUUCCACUCCUGUACGCAGUGGCCGAAAAAUACAAAGUCCCUCAUAUCUCUAUCACCGCUACGAAUGGAAAAAUACAUCAGUACGAAGGAAAAGGCAAUCCGAUUCAUCCCAUAUUAUACCCAGAUGUAAACACAUUAAAUUAUAAAAACUUGACGCGUUGGCAAAAAGUAGUAGAAUUUUAUCGACACAUCCAAACAAAGAAUGAAUAUUACUACAAUUAUCUUCCUUUGAGUGAAAUCGCUGCCAAGAAGAUUCUCGGUCUCAAGCGGGACCUACAAGAAGUGGAAUAUGACAUAGAUAUGCUUUUUAUAGCUAGUAAUCCAAUAUUAGUUGGUAAUAGACCAACUGUGCCAGCCAUUAUCUUUGUAGAUCGUAUGCAUAUAAAACCGGGCAUUAGUUUACCUCAGAAUAUAAAAUCAUUUUUGGACUCAUCUACGAAAGGCGUAGUGUAUUUCAGUUUAGGUGUUGUCCAAGAGGCAGAGCAGCUUGCGACGCCUAUUCUCCAAAUUUUUGCAGAGGUUUUCCGGGAACUUCCAUUCACUGUUUUAUGGAAAAUUGGUAACACAACUAUGAUUAACAAGGCUGAUAAUGUAAUCGCCCAGGGUUGGUUCCCUCAACAGGAGAUUUUGGCCCAUCCCAAUGUUAAGGUAUUCCUUACACAAGGAGGAACCCGAUCGUUAGAAGAAGCUAUUUAUUACGGAGUACCGAUUAUUGGUCUACCAAUAGUCCGAUCUAGAAAAUUGUUUAUUAAGGAAGUCACUAAAUUUGGAGCUGGAGAAAUCUUGGAUCCUUACCAGUUGGAUAAGGAAACACUAAAGUCAACGAUUUCUGCAGUCGCGACCAAUGAAAAGUACAAGAAAGCAAUUGUGAAACUUAAGGAUAUGAUCUUCGACCCUAUAAUAUCUGGUCCAGACAGUGCUGUAUGGUGGACUGAGUAUGUUCUUCGGCAUAAGGGUGCUCGCCAUUUCCGAUCCCCAGCUGUUGGGGUCUCCUUCUUCAAAUAUUACAUGCUGGAUCUUCUAAGUUACCUGCUGGCGGGUUGUCUGUUUGUUCUUUAUAUUUCUUAUCUUAUUUUACGCUAUAUUUACAAGAGGCUGCGCCAGCGAUUUAUAGCUAGGCGCGAUUUAGGUACUAAAUAUAAGGCAUUGUAAUUAUUUUCUUUCAUUUUAUGUAUU